GCACCGGGCGCGCGGCGCGUCUGUGCCAAGCCGCCGCCGCCGCAUUCGGCGCCCGGGCCGCGCCAGACGAGCGGCCGCGCGGCAGCCGGGCCCGCGCUGUCCCCGCGCCCGCCCGGCGGCGCCCAUUGUGCCCGGGCCGCGCCGCGGGGCCGCCCCGAGCCUGCCCGCAGCCCUCAGCGCGCCCGACGGCCGGGCUCUGCAAGUUGGGGCCCGCGCCUCCCGCCGGCCCGGGAAGCACGUGAACUUGGAGAAAGUCGCGGGGCGCGCCGGCCCGGACCUCCGCGGCAGGGCGUGGGCGCCCCCGGCCCGGCGCGCUUUCGUUUUCGUCGGGGACAAAGGUCCCCCGAGGCGCCAGUCGCGGACGCGGAGACCGGGUGCUGCCCGCCGCUCCUCGGAGAGGUCCGGCGGCUCCGUACCGGCAAGCCGGGGUCAGAAGAGGAGGAGCGGCGGGGUGCGGGACAUGGGCGCUGGGGCCUGGCCGUGCGCCUCGCCCGGCCGGCUCUCCGUCCCGGAGCCGUCCCGCCCUGCGAAGAGUUGCGGGAGAUGGCACCGCGCUGCGCUCUGCGGUUUACACGCGCCGAGGAGGGAAGCGUUUCGGACCAGGACUCAGACCCGUGGCCCAGGGCCUGUGCGGUGCGGGCACGAGAGCGCAGCGCCGGCCGCGUCCCCGCGCGCCCCUCCGCCAAGGGCAGGGCAGUCGACCUGCGUGUCCCGGGUCACCAUCGGGUUCCGGGGCGACUCCUGCCGAUGCCUCUCGACCCUGGUCUUGGCAUCAGACCUGUAUCACAAGCAGCCCCGGGAACACGGCGCCGGGCGGGGUGCCCCCGCGGGACUGGGCAAGGUGAACCCCGCACGUUGCUCGUUCGGCAAAGCCAAGGGCAGAAGAGCAGGACCUUCGGGACCGAGGCCGGGGUUCCGACGGAGUCGGUGUCAGUCCCCGGCCGCGUCCGUCAAAGGCAAGUCAUCGCACCUCCCGAUGUCCCCGUUUCACAGAUGAGGAAAGCGUCCCCACCUCACAGUCACGCACGGAACGCACGCAGCCCAGCGCUCCGUUCCCUGAGACCACCCCAUACCCGCUGUUCGUUCUUGCUUGGUUUCUGAGUCUCAGAAAUGCCUGCCAGGCGGGGGUUAACGCCGGCUGUGUUCGGCCAGGGGAGGCCCCCGGCCUGAAGCCGAGGCCCCAGACUCGGCCGGCUGGCCACGGUCAGGAUGGAGGCCGGACCCGGGGCUGCCGUCCCACGUUCGUUCUGCACGUCCACACGGUGUCCAGGUGCGGACGGCGCACCUUUGCCAGGGCGUGGGCCCCACGGUGUGCGCACACGGGUAGUGCCCUCUGCUCUGCCUGGUACGUCAGGGGUUUCCAGAGGUGGACGGGCAUUUGGAGGCACCGUGCCUGCCUGGCUUCUCAGUGAGCCGUGGAGCCCCUGGGCCAUCCCUCGGGACACCUGCUGGGCACCCCGCUGCCCCCCUGUCAUGGGUCCCCUUCCCCAGCCCAGGGCCAGCCAGAGCAGGCUGGACAGGAACCCCAGCUGCUGGGCUUCUGGAAGGUAAAGGAAGGCCCGCUGGCCGCCCUGGCUGCACGCUGGGAGCCAGCCAGGUGCGGAGCGGUCCCCUCGGAGGGCCGGGCUGUUCCAGGCACCGGCCAUUUGCAGACGCUGAGGAGUGGAAGUGAGCCUCUAGGCCCGGGAGAGGAAAUGGCGGCCCGGGCAGGCCCAGAACGGGCGGGAUCCGGGAAGGUGGCCGAGGGCGGGGAGCGGCCGGAAGGCACAGGGUGGGCUGCCGGGUGCGCUGGCAGCUGUGCUGUGAGGAGCGGCCCGCGGGGCCAGUCUUCCCCGGGCGGGUCCGCGCGCGUGCACGUGUGUGUGCACCUGCGUGCAAGGCCCCGAGAAGCUUCCGCAGCCCCGCUGGCUCAUCAGUAACGGGGGAGGCUGGGGGCGGUCCGAGGAGGCCCUGGGAACACCCAGCACACCUUUGGACAAAGAAAAGAGCUUUGAGGAGAAUGAUAUUUACUGCAGGUCUUAGUUCUGUGUCUUCAAAGCUCGGGAAACGGUCCGACAUGUCAGAUGGGAGCCCGUUUGGGAGGCCCCAGGGGGCUUGUGUGUCCCCUCUUUGGGGCCUCUUAGCAGAGACCAGAGGCCUGGACUCUCCGCGGAGCUGCCUGCCCAUCCAGCCUCAGUUUUCCUGUCCAUAAAGCAUGGGGAUCAGUCCUACCCACAGGUUUCUCGUGGCCUCCAAGGUGAUGAGGUCACUCGCCACUGACCCCCCUUGAAGGGGAGCAGUUGUUGGUGGCUCCCCAGGACUCUGGCUUCUGAGUUUCUUGAGGGCUAGAAGGGAGGUCGAGGCCAGACCUUUUGAAGGGAGCAGCCGGGGGUGGGGGGGGGGUGGCGGAGGCCAGGCUGCUCCAGCAUGUGCUGGGGAACCUCUGGCCCAGUUUCCUGGGAGCCCAGCCCUGCCCCGGGAUUCCUGCAGUGGGUGUGCCCGCACUUCCGGCCGGCGUGGGCGGAGGGGUCCUGCCAGGGAGCAGAGUUCCCGCCGGUCCCGCCCGCCAGAGCCUCCUGGUUGUGCGGCUGCUUCUGGCUCGAGGGGACGAGGACCCCCCCCUGAGCGGGGCACGUGGGGUCC